AUGUUCAUGACCGUGCCAGAGGGUGUCCCCGCGUGCUGGUGGCCUGCGGACCUUGGCGCGGUGACAAUGCACAAUGUCGCGGUCACCCUUGCGCUCGGCAACAGCCUUAAUCCCAUGAUCAGCACAGCAUUCUCGUAUAAGACUGGGAAGCAGAGGGGCAGGACAACUGCGCGCAACUUGCACAAACUGGAGGAAGCCGCCGCCGCCGCUACCCUCAAGGAGGCAGUUGAUGCCCGUCUUUGUGCAAUGGACAUUAUGUCGCACGGUAUGCCUCGCUCCCUCUCCCGCCGCAAGGUAGCUGCCUCAGUCAUGAGCGACACAAUGGCCGGCAAACAGGCCUCAACAGCCGGUCACGCUGCUGACACAGAUGAUGGUGCUUCGACCUCUCUCACCGCUGUCCUGAGCCAAUAUUGUUUGGCUCAAGGAACAUGCCCCCUGCAGUGCAUAGCCAUGGUCAUGUGA